GAGCGGUGACAGUGGAGAAUGGAGAGGGCUCCGGAUUGUAGGGGAGUUUUGAUCGAAGAAAAGGCCGCUCUAAUUGAUUUCAACUCGCCGAAGUAUAUCUACUGAAACUGGAAAAACACAGGGGCGAAAAGGAAUGGCUGAUCCUCUGCGGAGGACAUUAUUAGCUAAACUUCGGGGGAAGAAAUCCAAGAAAGGGACGACAGCUGGUGGAUGCGGCGUUGCAGCUAAUGGGGGCAGAGAAGGUAAAGACAAAGUUUUGCAAAAGCAAGCCGAGCAAACGCAGCAAGCAAUAAUUAUCGCAGAGUUAAACUUUGUGCCAGAUACACUGAAGGGCAGCGACAGUUGCUUUAUUAGGAGAUUUGAUAACGGAGAUAUAGGCUUUGUACACGAGAAAACAGUUGUUGAGAAUACGUUUCCUCAGUGCGAGGCUUCCAUGCACAUAAACACUAGACGGUGGGACAUUCAGUGUAGCGAGGAAUUGGGGCUUAGGGGUCGAGUUAAUGAGGAACUCUUGGGGGUCUCAGUUCAAAGAGAAACGCAGGAAAGAGGGAGCGACAGUGACGAGAUGAGCAGUUUUAAUAAGCAAGAGCUCAAUUUCACCAGACAAGUGCGACCUGGGUCAUGUGGGAGAUCACAGGGGCAGAAAAAACACCCCGUCCCUAUACCGCGACAGCUUUCUGGAGGAGAUUCGAUAGGAUUUGGGAUGUGUGAAAAUCGUGUUUUAAAGUGCAGAAUGGUCUGUACAGAUACGGGGACGCGUAAAUUCGCAGAUGGUCAGUAUCCAGUUUCAAAAAACAGUGGAACAAAUGUAGGCUGUAAAAAAGAUCUGAAGACCCAUUGCGACGAAACUGAUUUCUGCUUCCAAUCCGAAGAUAAUCUACAAUUCAUGGAAACAUUGAGAGAUCUAAAAGACACGAGUGUGCGGACUGACCACAGCCAAGCAUGUGAAACAAAUGCUAUUAGUAAAGGGACACAAAUGUAUCAGUUUGGUGGGCCUUAUCAUAAAACCAAUGCUGAUAAUGUAGAGGAACAUAUUUUGAUAAGAAAUAUAGAAAGUUAUGGUAAUGCUUCAGAGCAUCAAAGAGAUUACAAAGUCAGUAAUCUACAAAGUCCAACAUUUUUCCCUACAGAGUUAGAAAUAUGUGACGUUAACGUGGCCUCUCGUUACGUAGGUUUCAGAGAGGGAGCACAACGCCAUAAUUCAUUGGACAGUGAGGACGACGAUUACUAUGAUAACGAAAUUCUUCCGUUUUAUGAAACUGAUUAUCAAAACCUUGAUAUGAAUGACGGGAAAGCAUCUGAUCACGUCGAUAUCGCAAAUUCCGAGGGUCCAGAUAGGCCUACUCACGACACUUUUAAAAUGGGUAUAAAUGAUAGUGCCUUAGAAACCGAUAGAUUGAGGACCCAGCUAAAAGAAGCGUAUUAUCUGCUAAUAAAUGCAAUGCAUGAUAUUAGUUUUGAUAGCCAGGUCAGUGUUAACGGUAAUGUCGACAAGGCGAGCACUUCCAGUCAUUCACAGGACAGUGUCUGCUCGCAGUCGUCUGCCAAGGCCAUAGAUACUGAUGCGUGGUCUUCUGGAGAAAACAGUCCUCAACAGGUGUCCGAUAACGAUGCGGGACCACAAAAUACCAGCAAAAACCGUGAACUCUGCGCCCAGAACUUUCUAAUUAGCAGGAGUUUUGAAAACUUGUCGGACACGAAAAUAAUGCCAGUGUUACAACGUUCUGUUAGUGACGGCGCGAUUAAGUACCCAAAAGUGCAUCCACCAGGCCUCAAAUGCCUUGGUUCCAGAAUUUGUUUUGUCGGCAAAAACUGCAACGAAUUUAACAAUCUAGCUGGUAGCCAAGAGAAACGGCUUGAGUACGAUGGCGUGAGCAGUGACGAUCUGCUUCCAGACAAUGGAGAUGACGGGUUACUGAAUGAAAGCAGUGGCUCUGUCAAUAGUCUGACAGGUUCGUCCGAUAAUGCAGAAACUCAGGGCAACAAACAAGAUUUUUCUGGGGCCAUGGCGGUCUCUGCCAGGCCUCAAGGGGUGACGGUCAACAAGAUGCAGGAGUGGAUGCACAAAGGACGCAUGCUGUCCUCAGAAAUGAAGCAGCGCAUCACGGGGUCUUCGCUCCGUGCCCAUGGCCCGUCUAGUUUACGGUCUGGCCACGGGGUUUCAAACAGGACAAAAGCUGCGACCCAGAUGACCAGAGUUCAAGGAAGCAAAAGUGUGGCUCCCUGCCUGGGAGCUCAGCAGUCAGCCCUGAUUGAAAAUGUUAACAGCUCCAUCGCAGCCGCCAGGGAGCUGAGAGUGGGCAUAUACAGUGAGUCCCGGCCGCCCCUCAACACCAUCACCGUAUCGAAGAAGCGCAACUGGCUUCAGCAGAGCUCUGGGAAGGAUGGCCUGGUUGCCAUGGGAGAAGCGGAGGACCAGGGUCCGACGGCCAAUUUCCCCUCCGAGGUCCGCAGGCCGGCUCCCCCCGCGGCCCCGGCGGGGCACUGCAAGCCCCUGCGUCUGCACCUGUCUCACAUCACCGUGACCCACGCCAGGGCCGUGGACCCUGCGGAGGAGAACGACGCCGACGACGAGGGGGAGAUCUGGUACAACCCCAUCCCCGAGGACGAGGAGCCGGAGCCGGGGCCCCGCGGCGUGGCGGUGCGGCUGCAGGUCCCCUCAGCGUCUGAGCACGCCGUCCCCCGGAGGAAAACCAGCAGCGGGGACUGCGGAUGGGCUCCUGGGGUGUCUCCCGCCGAUUGGGAGGGUGUGGGGGAAUGUCAGGGCAGCCCGGGCAACGAGGCAAGUCACGCAAAUACCACACAUUCCACGGAGCCUGCACAGCUGCACAGGCAGAUGUUCGCGUGCAAGCCCGCAGACGAAAACUCAGCACCCAAGGCCUCAGCUUCAGAUGGCACUGAACUGUCAAACCCUGGCUUCUCGCCUCCCUCGAGUCCCAACCCCCUGAAAAAGGGAAGCGCCAUCAACUGGUCCUUUCCAGACAAGAUCAAGUCACCGCGCACUGUGAGGAAACUGUCUAUGAAGAUGAAGAAACUACCAGAACUCAGCAGAAAGUUGAGCGUGAAAGGGACUCCCAAUAUAAGCCAGCCAGAGCCACGACCUUCCUCCCCAAAAUGUCACGGAGGGGCAGAGGCAGGUCCUGGCCCUGCCCGCCUGUCUCCCGGGGGCAGCCAGACAGCAGCCAGCAGAAACGUCAUCUCCCGGUACCACCUGGACAGCAGUGUGUCCACACAGCAAAGCUACAGCAAGAAAAGCAACAGCGGGGGCUCCAAGUCCGCCAGUAAGGGGGGCUACCUGAGUGACGGUGACUCCCCCGAGCUGGUGGCCAAGUCUGGGAAGCACGGCUCCGAGAGCAAGGCGGGGAAGAGUAAGGAUUCCCCGGCCAACUGCAGCCCCAAGCUGCACGGCACCGAGCUGGACAUCGACGCCUUCCGGCAUUACAGCUUCAUGGACCAGCCCAAAUGCGCCCAGUACAUCUCCGGCCUGAUGAGCCUGCACUUCUACGGGGCGGAGGACCUAAAGCCCCCCCGAAUGGACUCCCGUGACGUCUACUGCGCCAUUCAGGUGGACUCGGUCAACAAGGCCCGCACAGCCCUGCUCACCUGCAGGACCACCUUCCUGGACAUGGACCACACCUUCAACAUCGAGCUGGAGAACGCCCAGCACCUGAAGCUGGUGGUGUUCAGCUGGGAGCCCACCCCGCGCAAGAACCGCGUGUGCUGCCAUGGGACUGUGGUGCUACCCACCCUCUUCAGGGUCACCAAGACUCACCAGCUGGCUGUGAAGCUGGAGCCCCGGGGCAUGAUCUACGUGAAGCUAAACCUCAUGGACCAGUGGCAGAACUCGCUGGACGGGCCGGACAUGGAGCGCGACCCCCAGGUGUUUGGGGUGGAGGCCUGGAGGGUGGUGGAGCGGGAGGGGGCCGGGCUGAUGGUGCCUCUGCUCAUCGAGAAGUGCAUCACGGAGAUCGAGAAGAGGGGCUGUCAGGUGGUGGGGCUGUACCGUCUGUGCGGUUCGGCUGCGGUGAAGAAGGAGCUGAGGGAGGCCUUUGAGAGAGACACGCGUGACGUCGAGCUGUCGGAGAACCAGUAUCCUGAUAUCAACGUCAUUACAGGUGUUUUGAAGGACUACCUGCGGGAGCUGCCUUCACCCUUGAUAACCAAGCAGCUGUAUGAGGCUGUUCUGGACUCCAUGGCCAAGAGACCCCUGCGCAUCGGACCCAAGGGCUGCGAGAACGAGCCUGCCGACUCCGAGCUCACCGUCUGCCUCCUUGAGAUCCUCCCAGAGGUGGAGAAGGUAACCCUGCGGAAGCUGCUGGACCAUCUGAAGCUGGUUGCCUCUCACCACGAUGUGAACAAGAUGACGUGCCAGAACCUGGCCGUUUGCUUCGGCCCAGUUCUGCUAAGCCAGCGCCAGGAAGCCUCCUGCCACAGCAACCGAGUCUUCAUCGACUCGGAGGAGCUGGCCAGCGCUCUGCACUUCAAAAAGCACAUUGAGGUGCUGCACUAUCUCCUGCAGCUUUGGCCAGUGGUGGAUCCCCACAGCAAAUGGAGGGAGCUUCCUGCAGAGACGUCGGCCGCCCCGCAGUACCUGCGCCGGAGGAGGGAGCGCCCCCAGGUUCUGAACCUGAGCGAGGCAGAGAUGGCCGGGGUGCUGCGCCCCAAACCGGGGCGACUGGACAGCCCCAGCAACCGCUACGCUGGGGACUGGAGCUGCUGCGGGGAGAGCUACUUCCAGCCCCUGCAGGAGAGCAAAGAGGCAGACUAUGAUGACGUGCCUUCAGAGGACACUGAGAGUGCCGAGGAGGGCCCGGAGAAAGAGGAGCCGGAACCUCCUACUGCGGAGGAGAAUGAUGGAUCAGAGGAGGUGGAGGAGGAGAUGGAGGAUAGCGAACAGCCCGAGGAGUCCACCCAUCACUUUUUUUCAAGCCAGGAGCACCUAGCCAAAGAGCACACCUACCAGGCCUACAUGAAAAUCCAGGAGAUCAGCCCGGUUCUGAGUAACAGAGUCAACCUCAAGGAUCUGCAGGAGAGCAUCGACACUUUGAUUGGCAACUUGGAGAGGGAGUUGAAUAAGAACAAGUUCAAUGUGGGCUACUGAGUUGAAGUGAAGAGAUGAGUGCAAAGCGUGUGGUGGUGGAGUGUGUGGCUCAGGCCUGGUCAGCUGCAUUGCUGCCAGGUACAUUUCUGAGCCCGUGAUAUAGCACCUCUCUUGCUUUCGCUUGCCAAUCUGUUUUGGGCUUUCUUACCUGCCAUAGGCAUUCCUACAGUGUUGUCCGGUGACUAUUUUAGAGUGUUGUUUCUUUUUCUUCUUAUUAGAAGAAUCCAUUGACCCUAAGGGGUGUAAAAGGUGCCUUAAUUGUGUAAAGGUGGCAGCGGAGAGUUGUUGAGGUACGCAAUGUAAACCGAUGCACUUAAGAAGCUCGGGGAGCUUGUUGGAGUAGAUGUAGGCUGUGGGCCGGGCUGUGGUGGACCCCAGUGGCUGCUGAGCUCUCCUCCAGGAUUAGCAAAAUUCUGCUGGGCUCGCUGAGGUGAUUCUCAUGCAGCAGGGGCCUUGGGUAGACCUGUGACCGCUAUCAGUGUAUUCAUAUGUGAAACGAAUUGUACAGUUUAUAAAUCACAACGAGAUACGAUUAAUGUUCACCGGGUGCUAAGACAUAUUAUGCUUCUUCUGAGGCAUGAACGGUACAUGUCGUAUCACCAUUGAAAGGUUUCUCUGUCAAUGUGUACAUGUAAAGAUGAUAAUUUUUCUAUUUUUCUAGCCCCUUAUAUACAUACGAUGCACAGAGUGACACAUUGUCAGGAAGAUCUAAUUGCCUGGGAACCAGCCAUUUAUUGGAGCAGUCACUGUGGUGGUGACUUCAUAUGCUAUGACAGAGAUUUUUUUACUUAAUUUAACUCUUCAGUUAUCCAGGGAUCCAGAAUUAUCAGUAUUUAAUACAAGGAAAUAUAUAAACACACAUAAAAUAUACUGCAAAACAUUAUUUGACAGCUUAUUUUUUCAUUUAUUCCUAUUUAAAUGUUCUCAAUUACCUUGUAGUAUUGUUGAUCUAUAGUUAUUUCAUAUAAUUGAUUGCUCAAGCUACCUGUACACAUUUCUCAUGAAUGUGUUGUGCUUUGAAAUAAUUUGUGGGACUAAUGAAUUUAUUUUAGCUGUAAAAUAUAAAUAUAUAUAAAUAUAUGCAUAUUCUCAGAAAGGCUUUGCUGUUUCUUGUUCUAUCUGUACAUAUUUGGUAUGUUUUUAUUUAGUCAGUAUGAACUCUGUUUAUGAUUGUUGGUUUAAAUUACGGAACGUUACAUGGUCAAAAGCUUUACAGUCAAAACAAGCUCAUUUUAUCCCUCACUGUCCAGGGUGUUUAUAGUUGUAUAUAGAUAUAAUUUUGUUGUUCCUUUUAUUUUCCUUUGGCAGCUGCUCACACAAACAUUAUUCAACUGUAAAUUUUAAAUGUAAAAAAUUAAUUAAGUUUGUCCCAGAAACAUUUUUGAUUGGGCAGUGUAUGACUGUAUUAUGUCAGGAUGUUUUAAAAGUAUUGUGAGCAUGUUCUAGGUACUGCCACACGUCACUGCAAGUGAAGUGGGAUCUAUGCCAUUGGAGCAAAUCUCUUUUCCUUGUCUGUGGUGUCCAGUGCUGUGUAAUUGUACAACGUGAGCUGGCUCUGCUGUUCUUGUAUAAAUUCAUUCCUCACAGCUCAUUAUAAGAACGGCUAUAUAAAUAUAUGUAAUCAUUUUUUUUUUUUUUUUUAAAGAAACCUAAUGUGAUGAAAGUAUCACAGAGCGUUAAGAUAUUACUUUGUACUGA